AUGUCAACUCGAUUCACAACAACAAAUAAUGCACCGGAUGAAAUGAAUAGAAGUGCUUAUGCAUCUCCGAUAUAUAUAACGUUGUUAAGUGUUACAACGACGAUUACAAACUUGUGUCUUGGUGCGAUAACCAUGAGCGCUUUACUCUUCAUACAUGCAUUUUCACUGCCGUCAUCAAUGAAGCAACAUAUUUAUUUAUGCGGUAUUGGCUAUAUGAUUUUAAUGGCGCAAGCUAUUCAGUCUUUAAACCCACACUCGGGUUGGGCGCGCUUGGUGAAAUACCAGGACCGCCGAGUCGUGCACUGGAUGCUGCAAAUUGUUGCUUCCAUAUUAGUUGUCGUUGGCAGCAUAAUUAGAAUGAUGGACGUGACAAGUAAUUUUAGUACUGCUCAUGGAAUACUGGGUUUAAUUGCACUAAUCCUCACGAUAUUGAGCAUGGUGGGAGGAAUAGUCAGUGCGUAUUCCUCGAAACUAAACAUAAACCCCGCUUACAUGAGGAUAGCACAUUCCUGCAUAGGCAGUCUAACUCUCAGUGCUGCUUUCCUCUGCCUACUGUUUGCGUUCAACACCACAUUUAGAGCGGGGAUGGGUAAUAAGAAUGCUAAUUUAGCUAUAGCAAUGACCGUGAUUGGGUUAGUUGGUACGCUGACUUCCCCUUGUUUAGACGUCGUGAGAAGGAUGAUUAGGAAUGUCAGAUCGAACUGA